UUGCAUAUACGCUUUUCACAACUUUGAUCACCUUAUAUAUAUAUUCACACUCUAACGAUCCAUAAAUCAAACAAGUCAAAUUCAAUACAAAAAUGGACCAAAAUCAUGAACAAAUUAACAGUACUAAAAAUGCACUUGAACCACAUGUACUAAUCUUUCCUUUACCAUUUCAAGGACCAGUUAAUUGUGCACUCAAAUUAGCCGAACUCCUAUGUCUUUCGGGCAUCCAAGUCACCUUUCUAAACACCGAUCACAUACACCGUCCUCUUCUUCAACACACCCAAGUCUUGGCCCGGUUCAACAGUUACCCGAACUUCAAAUUUGAGACUGUCCCAGAUGGAGUUGAGCAUGAAAAACCGGUCUCUGGAGACCGGUUCAUGGAAGUGAUGGAAGCUGUGGAUAGAGUGAGUAAACCAUUGUUUCGUGAGAUGAUGGUUUCGGGCAAGUUUAGCUCGAGAUCAGAACGGCCCGUGACGUUGAUGAUACCGGAUGGCUGCUUUAGUUUUGCUGUGGAGAUAGCUAAAGAAACGUCGAUUCCGGUGAUUUGUUUCGAUACUGUGAGUCCAUGCUGCUUAUGGACUUGUUAUUUGAAUCUUCCUACUUUAAUUGAAGCUGGGGAUGUUCCCUUUAAAGGGGAUGAUUUAGACCAACUUAUAGCAAGUGUACCCGGAACUGAAAAUGUAAUGCGAAGACGGGAUCUUGCUAGCUUUUGUAGGACCGACGAUAUAUCCAACGACCCUGUUAUCGAACUUAUUGUAAAAGAAGCUCGAUCCGUUCCUCAAGCAGACGGUCUCAUAAUCAACACGUUUGAAGAGUUAGAUAGCCUAGUACUCCCACACAUGCGAAAGCUUUGUCCAAAUGUUUACCCCAUAGGUCCACUUCACUCGCUCCACAAAGCCCGACUCAUGCCUAAAACAACAACACCGUCUCCCGAAGCCACCUUCACAAAUAGUGUUUGGAAAGAAGAUAGAACUUGUUUGUUGUGGCUAGAUAAACACGCUCCAAAAUCCGUCCUUUAUGUUAGCAUUGGGAGUCUUGCAACGAUGUCAGUUCACCAGCUGCUCGAAAUAUGGUAUGGUGUGGUUAAUAGUGGAAAUCCUUUUUUAUGGGUGAGACGCCCUGGGUCAAUCACCGGUGAGUAUGACGAGUCAAUGGUUCCAAGUGAACUACUAGCUCGUACAAAAGAAAUCGGGUGUAUAGUAGAUUGGGCCCCACAAGAAGAUGUCCUUGGCCAUCCAGCUGUCGGAGGGUUCUUAACACAUAGUGGAUGGAACUCGACCAUUGAGAGUAUAGUGGAAGGUGUUCCCAUGAUUUGUUGGCCUUAUUUCGUGGACCAACAAGUUAAUAGUCGAUUUGUGGAAGAGGUAUGGAAGAUCGGAGUAGAUAUGAAAGAUACUUGUGAUCGGUUGAUUGUUGAAAAAGCGGUGAGGGAUGUCAUGGAUGUGAAACGAGAUGUGUUUGCAAAAUCUGCGGAUACAUGGAAAAUAUUGGCCGAAGAGUCGAUAAGUGAAACGGGUUCCUCAUCUAGGAGUGUGGCCCGUUUGAUUGAUGAUAUAAAAGCCAUGAGCAAUGCCAAAAAGUAAACAUAUGUGCUAGAGUUGAGUUCGAAACCAAACCCCCACAUACAAUUGGCGUGUUAAUUGUUGAAUAAUUGAUUAAUAUAUAAGUGUGUAUUCUAAAUAUCCAUCUCAAACAUAAAUAAUCAUCACUUUCAGAAAUAAAUAUAUGCAAUGUUAUUUUAAUAGGUUGUACUUCAAAAUUUAUCUAAUAACUAUUCUCUCUGUUUCAUUUUAA